AGACUACCUAUUAAAAAGUUCUCUCAGAUCAGCCAGCGCAGAUACGACAUCGAUAAAGCAACAAAGACAGGGACUUAAAUUCUCAAUAUUUUCCCGAAAAUUCCGUCAGUUCUAAGAAUAGUAUAUUGAUGUGUAACUGAUAUCGAUACUCAGAGUUUUGGGUUCGGAACAUGCGAUUCUCAUUUGUGUUUUUGGAUUGAACUUGAAGUUGAUGCGAGUCUGAAAUCUCUCCGAACUUCGACUCCGACUCGAGAGCGGCCUCCAAGUAACUGCAGGCUAUCGUGCGGUGGUAUCCCCCGGUGUGAAAUUACGGGGCCGGUACCGUACUCUGCCUCUGGAGUUAUGGUCGCUCAACACAUCUCACUCAGGCUCUGCUGAUGCUGCAUCCUUUGAGUUAACUCGGAAGUUGGACGAUUAGCAGCCAAUGUAGAAUUAGAUGAAUGGAUAUCACUUCAGUCAGUAUAAAUUUCGGAUUGUAUCAAUGCAGCAAUAAUUUGCUGACAGAAAUAGUAAGGGCAGGCCUGUAAAGUAAGAAAGAAGACAGCUCGACAGUCUGACUAUUUAGGUUAAAAAGACCAAGUACGGUAGGCCUAGUCUACUAGACCGAUCGAGAGCAAGUGCUCUCAGCACUGCAGAGAAGAGCAAGCAGCGCAAGUGCAACACAAACCAAAGUCGAAGAAACACACAGACAUGUUGCAGGCUGCGGGAGUUCAAGGAUGGACCCAGGGGGAGCAGCGGUGGAGCUUCGACGUGAUCUGGCAAUGACUCCGGCUGUGGGGCAUCAGCAGAAAAAGGGAACAGGGCAUGAAAAUUUAAAUCCAGAUAAUUGUGGACUUGGCCACUUGAAGGGAGACAUUUUAUCAGCUACGUGUCACUAUGACGACGAUGGCCAGAGGUCAUCAGGGAAUUUAGCCACAAGAUAUGGACAGCUAGUAGUACUUGGAUACAAUGGAGUUCUUCCAGCCGGGAACCGAGGUAGAAGGCGGAGCACCUUCGGGCUUUUCAAGAGAGAUACAGCUAAUGGAGUCAAACCCGACAAACAGUAUGAAAUCAACGCUUCAAAACAAGGAGAGAUGAAGAGUAAUAUUAAGCAAGAAUCACCUGUUAUCAAGAAGGCAAUCAAGAAUAGCAGUAGCAAACACACGAUAGCAUACACUUUAUCAAGGCAUCAGACGGUGGUUGUAGAAUAUGCAAGUGAUUCCUCAACAGAUAUGUUCCAGAUUGGUAGAUCAACUGAACCAGUUAUAGACUUUGUCGUCAUGGAUACAGUUCCUGGUGCGAAAACACAGAAGGAUUGCGUUGUCUCCGAGAGCACGAUAUCACGGUUUGCCUGUCGCAUCAUUGUAGAAAGAAGUCCUCCACAUACGGCGAGGAUAUAUGCAGCAGGCUUCAACUCAACAAAUAAUAUAUUUCUAGGGGAGAAAGCAUGCAAAUGGAAAACGGAGUCUGGAAUGGAUGGGUUAACAACCAACGGUGUGCUUAUCAUGAGACCUAAAGGAGGUUUUCAGUCUGAUGCAACACCCGGGGUAUGGAGGGAAGUAUCGGUAUGUGGCAAUGUAUACUCACUCAGGGAAACAAGAUCAUCACCUCAAAGAGGCAAACUGAUUGAAGAUGAAGACAAUAUACUGGAGGAUGGUACGUUAGUUGAUUUGUGUGGUGCAACGUUACUAUGGCGAUCGGCAAUGGGACUAGUCAAUACUCCAACACAGAGGCAUUUAGAGAGGCUACGUCAAGACAUUAAUGACACAAGGCCGCAGUGUCCUAUAGGCUUUAAUACAUUAGUCUUACCAAAAAAUAGACAGUCUUCUAAGGUUAUGGAGGAGAAGCAACCCUAUGCAUAUUUAAAGUGUGGCCAUGUCCAUGGAUAUCAUGUAUGGAACAGCAUUGAUACAUUGAAGAAUACAGAAAGAAUGUGUCCAAUGUGUAGAGAGGUUGGUACAUAUGAGGCUCUUAUAAUGGGUAAUGAAGCGAGUUUCUAUGUUGACCAGGGCCCUCCUAGCCAUGCCUUCUGUCCAUGUGGACAUGUAUGCUCUGAAAAGUCUGCAAAAUACUGGUCUCAAGUGCCAUUGCCUCAUGGAACCCAUGCAUUCCAGGCUGCCUGCCCGUUCUGUGCCACGGCUCUUAGUGGAGACCAAGGUUACAUCAAACUCAUCUUCCAAGAAGCCAUUGAUUAGACCAUGGCCUUUCAUCAACGCCAAACAUUGGACUUGGCCUGAACUGCUUCAUCUCGAAGCUCAUAAACUUAUAUUGUACCUGUUGAAUAUGUGGAUGACUUUAUUUGGAUCAUAGCCUAAGUCGUCCUUACUACUCUUGACCUGUUGGUCUGGUCAUCACUGACCAAUGGACCAGGAGCAUGACUGGUCAUUGCUUGAGCACUGGUUCAGGAGCAUAACUGGUCAUAGCUGUCCACUUGCCCAGGAGUAUUACUGAUCAUAACUGAUCACUUGACGAGGAGCGCAGCUGGUCAUCGCUCACCACUUGACCAGGAGCAUUAAUACUGCAAUGAUCAUCACUGACCACUGGACCAGGAGUGCAACUGGUCAUCACUGACCAUGGGACCAGGAACAUUACUGGUCAUCACUGAAGACUGGACGAGAGUAAUAGACUGAACAUUGAUCCAUAGACUUCAUGAACUAUUAACAUUGAUGUUUUGGGCUCUGUGUGUGCAUAUUGUUUAGUUGUCUGUGUUUUUCUUCAUCACUGCCUAUUGAGAAGAUUUGUGAUUAUUUUCGCCGGAACAACCUUCCUUGCACCUUAUGGACAAGUACACAACAGAAUCGCUUAAAGGGAAUGACUUAUUAUGAUCGUAUUAUGUUGCAUUGCAUCAAUGUGUUGAUACACUUCCAAGCCUGCCAUCUGUGAAACCUCUUACAGUGAAUUAAGCAAAAUUUGUCCAAAUAGUCUUUAAAGGGCAAUUAAGGGACAGGUAUAAUGUUAAGACCUUUGUCACAAGUAUGAAAUUUUUUGCAAUUAAAUAGUGGCAUAGAAUGAAAGUAUAUUACAUUACUCUUGUCCUAGUAGAGUUAAUCCUAAAAAAGGACUGAGCUAUGUUGGAGGUUUAGUGGACAGAGGGGGGGGGGUGCAUUAUCCCUCCCCCUUUCUGUUGGCUGUUGUCUUUUUUUGUUUUUACUUCUUUUUCUUUCAAAAGAAAAUCGUUAAAAUGUAUUCAGCAACCAAAGUCUACCCUUAUUCAAUCAGGAUGAAAAAUAAUCACUUUAUGAUAUCAGCCUUCCAUUGAGUUGGUACACACUUCACAAAAAUUAGUCAUUUUUUUACAUGACAUGGUGUCAUGACAAGUCAUGUGGCUUCGGGGAUGGUAUACAAAAAUAUAGCAAAUUUAGUCUCACAAGUUUGUGAGUCUUCAAAGAGAAAAGACUUAAAAUCUUGCUGCCUUAUCUCUGUGUGUUUCCUAAAAAUGGCCCAAAAUGUUGUGGGGGCCAUCAUGCCCCCCCCCUGCACCCCAGUCCUUAUAGAGUUAAAUCUACAUUACAUUUACAAACAUUUAUCAGGAAGUAAACUUAAUGCUUUAAGUCAAUUUCGUACAGUGAUCUAAAAAGACAAUUUACGUGUUAUUAAAAUCGUAGUUAUGUUUUGUUAGAACAUUUCUUUCAGAUGGACAUUAUGAUAAGAUCUUUAUUCUGAGAGAAGGAAACUUGGAGAUGAUAUGGUUGAAAUUUCUGGGGGGAUCGUCUGGGCUCUACAAGACAUUUUAGAGAAAGCUUUCUUGCCAAAAAACAAAUGAUGACAGGCACUGUGUUUGAAAGAUGAUAAUGUCAAUACCCUACUCUCCAAUGAGGGGUGUUUGUUUUUAAAAACAUUUUAUGGAAUUGAAGGAUCCUCUCACAGUAUUCAGUAUACUCUGGAUUAAACUGAUCAUAUGACCAUCAUUAUUGCAUGCUCAAUUGGGAUGAACCUUAUCACAAAAACAUGCAUACAUCAAGUCCCUACAGAUGCAAUUAAAAUCAGUAUACAUUUCUAGACAUAGCUGCUCUAUACAUAUCAGUGCCUGCUUUUGUUUCUUGAUAUUUUAACCGUGUCACAUACGUAAUGUGUAGCAUUGGUGUGUUGUAACAUGAGUGUUAGAUAUUCCUUUGAGGGCCUAUUAGUCCAUUUUAUUAAUUCAUUCACAGUUAGUAGUCUGUUGAAUUUGAAUGUAAUUAGUUCACUCUAUAGAGGACACACUCAUUUUGAACAGCUGCUCUUCAUAAGGGUCACCCUACAUUAGAGUCUACGGUUUUUACACGAUAUAGAAAAAUAAAAGAAUAACAGAAUUCGGGAAGAUUAUGGAACUUACAGAAUCUCAUGGAAAACACAAUUUUCCAGGCAAAUGAAAUGGAAAACUUGGUUCUUUACCAUACAUGUAAUUGAUAUCUACUAACAUGUAGUUUGCAUAUAUUCUUAAGGUUAUGUAGCAAAUAUGAUAAAUGAGUUAUUUUUAACCAUGCUCUAAUUCCCAUGACUUUGUAGUUUGUAGAAGGGCCACCCAAUUCCCAUAUCCAAGGGGUGAACUGAUUUGGUGUUAACACUCUUAUUAUACUCUUGACAUAUUUCCUUUGUCCUCAUGAAUGAUAUAUUUAGUUCAAACUUGUCUGUGCCUUGUGCUCACAAGAAAAAGAGGCUUGGAAUUCAUCAUAUUUGUUGCAAAGAAGCAUUCUUUAUUUAUUUAGGUGUGAAAGUGACCAAAUAUUUGUGUGCCUUGUCUGUAUCAUUCUGGCAAAUGAGUUGCUUGAUAUUUCUGUUGAUUAGUCCAAGCUAUAAACGUUUGAAUUGAUUUUAGGUGUCAUGGUAGUCAGUUAGUUCAACAUAUCCAUGGUUUAGUUCAUAUCCAAAUAAAGUGACUCAUUCAAUUGUUUGUGAAGAAAAAUACCAGUAAUCUCCAAAUAUUGACCCAACGUUCAAUAAGAAUUUUAAUGAACUUAUAUCGUCUCAAUUGAGUAAUUUAUAAGAAGUCAACAUUUCACCCUAACAACUUUAUCAAGAAGUAUUCUGAUUUUAUAAGAGAAAUAUAUAUUGCUAUGUCUUGAAAGACAUGACUUAACAUAUGUUCAUGAAUUAAUUGCUGUGGUCUUGUCAU